CGAGCGCUGCAGCAUUUGAAGCCAACAUCUGUUGAUCGAUAUCCCCCACUACUUUUCUCAAAAUGGUUCACGAACGCCUCCGUCUGGCGUCGCUGUUUGUUUUAGCUUCAUUGCUCCCUGCACUUGCACACCAUGGAUCAGGCAGUCAUGGACAGAUCCCUCUCAAGCCCAUUGAAUCUAUCGGGGAGACUUGGCUCUCCAAGUACGGGCAACAGAUAGACCAACCGUUCUCUGGCCCUCUCGCGUUCUCUCACCUUACGUAUUCUCGGUGUUUGGAGGAUGAAUCGGCCCAGUUCGACGUAGCAAUCCUCGGGAUGCCCUUCGACACGGGAACCUCAUAUAGGCCUGGUGCGAGAUUUGGUCCUUAUGCUAUCCGCUCGGGUAGUAGAAGGCAAAGAGGAAGCCGAGGAUACACUCUGGCCUGGGGCAACAACCCAUAUGAACAAGGCUCCAAAAUCCUGGACUGCGGUGAUGUACCCAUUAUCCCAUUUGAUAAUUCCUUGGCCCUCGAUCAGAUGGAAGUUGCCUACUCCACGCUGCUGAACCGUCCUCUUGCAUCGAACGAGACGUCCUGGGCUGACACAAGCGCGGCAUUGGCUAAGGACGGCGUGGAGCAUCCCCGAGUCAUAAGUCUGGGAGGAGACCAUACAAUUGUCUUGCCGAUUCUACGCUCGCUUCACAAGGUCUACGGCCCCAUCUCUGUCAUUCAUUUCGACGCACAUCUGGAUACGUGGGCUGGAUAUCCUGGAACGGUCACCGAGCAGUCCCGUAUCACUCAUGGAACCUUUUUCUACAUUGCUAACGAAGAGGGUCUCAUCUCCAAUACUAGUGUACACGCUGGCAUCAGAUGCAAACUUGCGGGAUUGGGGGACGUUCAAAAUGACGAAUCUGUUGGGUUCCAGAUAAUAUCUGGGGAAGACAUAGACGACUUAGGUGUUACUGCUAUCAUUGAUACGAUCCGGAAAAGAGUGGGAAACUCUCCCGUGUAUUUGAGUCUUGAUAUAGAUGUGAUCGACCCUGGAUUGGCACCAGCAACUGGAACACCCGAAGCUGGGGGCUGGACCACAAGGGAAGUUAAACGCAUCAUUCGUGGUUUAGCUGGUUUGAACUUUGUGGGCGCCGAUAUCGUGGAAGUUGCACCUGCGUAUGACCAUGCCGAGGUCACAGGGAUUGCUGCAGCUGAUAUCGUCCACGAUUUCUUAUCUAUGUUCCUAACACAAGAGUCGCCGGCCCCCAGGAGAUCUCCGGUGAAGGACGAACUGUAAUCCUCGCAUCAACUCUUCUCAGAUAUGCCGCGCUGAGAGUAUCGACAUGACAUCUAUCACAUGGAGCACAUCUAUUUGUAGACAAUAUAACAACUUGGGGAACGUGGAUCAUAAACUUCAUUAUCUUCAAUCUGCCUACCUUAAUGCUGCGUGCCACCAUGAAAGAUCUGUCCUUGCUAUAUCUCUUUUUCUUAGCGUGCCAUGCAUCUGCUCACC